GAGCCCCAAAUGCACCAACCGGCAUGAGAGUGUAUUAGUGAACCCCCACAACGAUGAAUCACAGCAAGCUCUGUACUACCUAUCCUCGUACGUUCCUUGGUGCAGUGACAGUUUGUGCUAAUCAAUCGUUGUGUUUACAACCGGAAGGUCGACGUGCGUUUUAAACUUGAUUUAAUGUCCACCAAAAAACGCAAAAUGCCGGAAACCCGCCGCAAACUAACGGUCCUUACCAUCGAAGAACGGCUGCAAAUCAUCCAGCUGCACGAGUCCGGCUGGAAGAUUGGUGAAAUCGCGUCCGAUUGCAAAGUUCCGCAAAGUACCGUCUCGACGGUGGUCAAGAAUAAGCAGAAGUGGCUCGAAAAGAAGCAUCAGCGGCAUAUGCGCAAAACCCGAGUCGUUGGGGAUGUCCGGUUGGAGAAGUCGAUGGAACUGUUUGUGCAGCAAGCGCGGGACAAUGAUAUGAGGCUGACAUGUUCCAUGAUCCGGGAAAAGGCGUUAGAGUUUGCGGAGCAGUUUGGAAAUACCAGCUUCAAGGCCAGUUCCGGCUGGCUGGACAAGUUCGCGAAGCGACAUCUGAUUACGCUCAGGAAGGCGGGUGGGGAAAGUGGUGACCGUAUGGAUACUGAUUUGUACACGGUGCCGGAACUCAUCCGAGGGUACGCUCCGCGGGACAUCGUGGUUGCUAGUGAGACUGGAUUGUUGUUUGGAUGUUUGCCGGAUGAAGCCGAUAGGUUCCUGGAGGAAGCGUGUGCGGGAGGAGAAUACUCGGAUGAACGAAUAACGCUGUUGUGCGCAACGAACAUGGAUGGAAGUGAGAAGUUACCGUUGCUUGUGAUUGGAAAUCUAAAGGAACCCUGCUUCAAGGACACCAAAUCCCUGCCAGUGACCUACGAAAGCAACUCGAAAGCCUGGAUGACCUCCGCAAUUUUUGAACGAUGGAUUCUGAGUCUUGACAGCAAAUUUGAGCAGGAACAUCGCCAGGUUGUGAUGUUCGUAGAAAGCAGUCCAGUUCAUUCCAAGAGCUUGCCAAACAAGCUGAAAUGCAUAAACCUGCAAUUCUUCCCAACGAACGCAACAUCUGACCUGCGGCCGUUGGAUCUGGUCAUCAAAACGUUCAAAUAUCACUACAGAUUCUCGUUGGUUAACCGAAGACUUGAGGAAAUCGAGCAGGAGAAGGAAUUCACCAAAGUCACGCUCCUAGACGCUAUCAGCUUCAUUUCGCGAGCUUGGGUAACGGAUCUGAAGCCAACCUCUAUCGCCAACUGUUUCCGGAAGGCAGGAUUCAUCUUUCCGGCUGAGGAUCCUCUAAACACCGCCGAAACGCUCGAGGAUGUCCCCGCAACGAUAUCCGACGCAGUUAUGGCUCACCUAGCCGGCCCCGGUGUAACAUUUCUGGACUAUUGCAACGUAGAUGACGGUCUUGCAACGAGUGGGCUGAUGUCGGACUCGGACAUCAUGGAGUGUGCUGUCGAGCCGGUUCGUGCAGCGGUAAAGGUCGAGCCCAUUGAAGAAUCGCAACGAUCUACGUCCACUAAUGCAUGGAGUAGCGUCGUGCGGAGCAAUCUUGAAGCUGUGAGCAGCAUUCUGGCAGCUACCGAGAAUGUUCCGGCGGAGAUUUUCGGGCACUUUUUCGCCUUGGAAAAGUUUUUGAAGGAGCGUUAUAAAUAAAGAUAGUCUAGUAACAAACAAGUUGUUUAUUUUUCAAAUGGUUUGCUUGAGUUUUUCGCUCUUGCUGGAGAGAUGCUUAAUCCAUUUUAA